AUGCGUAACUUUGUUCUUGCAGCUCUCGUGGCUCUUGCAGCAGCCCAGCCUCCUUUCGAGCAUCCUAACUGGGCAUCGCACCCUGAUUGGGCAUCUCAUCCUUCCCCUACCGAUGCUCCUGCCCCGUACCACCCCAAUGGUGCUCCAUGCAUCUCGGCCCCAGAUGCUUCUUUGAUCGCUACAAGCUUCGGUUUGACCAUCUCCAACUAUACCGAAGCUCUAGCGGUUCAGCUGUUCACCAACAACUUUACCGAUCAGUCUGACAGUGUCAACACUUUGAUCCACGAACCCGGUUUGACAGCUCAAGAUCUCGGCUCCUUGACUUUCACAUCAAAGGCUGAAUUCCUUGCCGGCCAGGGGGCUCAACCACCUGUUCCAUUCAAGAUUUUGAACCUUUGGAACACUUGCAACACAGUCAUCAUUCGUUGGCUGUCCGCUCAAACUCCUCUACCCGUCCAGGGUAUCAGCAUCGCUACCGUUGUUCCAGCAAUCGAGGGACAGGGUGGUGGCUUCGGCGUCGGUUCUCAGAAAUGGCAGAUCUCUGCUAUCGUUGCUGAGUUCAACUCUGGAGCUUGGUUGGGCAACCUCGGAUACCCAGAGUGUAAGGUUGUGGCUAAUGCCACAGUUUCUUGA